AUGGCUCGAGUUGUUGAUAACCAAGAAACUGGAACACGGGGUUUCGCCGUCGACGUACCCAUUUCCUCUGAAUCUGCAAUCGAACAAGUCGAGCAGAGCAUUAUCUGGAUCGAAGACGCAUAUGACGAAGUUGAUGAGAAAGAAUUAUACCGUCACGCCUACAACGUGACUCGCAUCGUCGAGCCCGCAAAAUGCUUAUCGAAGUUGCAUGUGCUACCUUUGCGGAAACUUCCAAACGGGACGUAUGAGCUGAGAUUACUUAUCGUGAUUGCGCACCAGAUCUCCGAUGGUCUCUCGGCGUACAAUUGGUUCAGCCACUUUCUUCGCAUCGUAAACCAGCCGUCUCAGAACAUCUUGGCAGAAAUCGAGUCUGUCUGUACAUCAGAGAAGAUCAAGAAAGUCUUACCAGCCGCCCAAGAAGACUUAUACCCACCCAUUGCAGGCAAUAGGGCGAGACAGCGUUGGUUCUGGGCGCUCAUCAGAGUGCUGAGACAUGUGAAGAAAGGAGGACUACCACCUACCUUCACGAAUCCGCUAUGGAGAGAAAAGAGGCUUGAUGAACCAUUACGACUAGAACCUAAGUUCGAUAGAUUCUUCGACUAUAGCCCUUCAACCCGCCCUCCGAUGUCAUGUGGUCAUGUCUCCGCAUCGCUUUCAGCUGCCGCUUCAGCACGUCUGAUAUCACUAUGCCGAUCUGCAAAUGUCAGUAUAGGAGCUGGGUGUUUCGCUCUCGCCGGUUUAGGCAUGAUGUCCAUCCACGAAAAGCGUUCUCCUUCAGACAGUCACCCGCCAUUCACAGCAUCGUUUCCUCUAAACCCGCGCGGCUUCUUUGUGAACCCACCACCGGCAGACUCAUGCAUGCUAGCAUUCAGCGAAGGGAUAGUAAUGCCUUUCUUGUCUUCAGAUCUACCAGUAGAAGGAAGGUUCAAACUAACAGCAAAGCAUGCCAAUCGAGAGUUGCGAGUCUAUCAAAAACGCUUGAAAGGAAAGGGGAAGACAGGUACAGCAGGUAUUCUUGACAAACACUCACCAGGCCGUCUACUCGCGACCGGCUACGUCACACAGAUCGAGCGUGUCGAAGCAAAACUACCACCCGAACGCCGUUCACCCUCUUUCCAGAACCCGCAAGGCUCCCUAGCUCCCAGCACAGCCGGCUACGGAGCGACGUGCGGUGUCUCGUCCAUCGGCCCUCUGGCUACAUUUUUCAAGCGCGGAACAUAUGAUUUGAAGAACCUAGGGGACAAAGACUUUGCGGCGGACUUCCGAGACGUGAAUAUUGGGGUCAGGGCACGGGAGAAUGAGUUCUUGGUUGGAAGUUCGACUAGUGCAGAGGGCAUCAUUGGGUUUGGGGUUAGCUAUGACUUGAAUGCUAUUAGUGCUGAGGCGGCGGAAGUAUGGAAGGAGACAAUGGAAGGAAUGCUGGAGGUGAGGGAGGUGGCGAAGUUGUAG